AACCUCAAAAGAAGUAGAGAAUGAGACAGACCAAUGUAAUCCAACUUAGAGCGCGAUCUAUAUAGCUUUCAGGUUGCUCAAUCGAGCUCAGAAUCGCUGAUCCCGCGCAAGCAGUCAUGGCGGACAAGGACCCAUUCCGGCAGCUGAAAGACCUGUCUCUGCUGAAAGGCCAGCUCGAAGACAUUCAGCGUCGGAUGGAGGAUGAAGUUGGGGUUGGAAUUCCACAGGGUGGAAGUGUGCUCAGUUCUCCCUUCCUCAAGGGCUUUUUGGCUGGGUAUGUGGUGGCGAAGCUCCGCUCCUCUGCGAUCCUGGGAGUUCUUGUAGGAACAUGCACAGGCAUCUAUGCCGCUCAGAGCUAUCAAGUGCCUAACAUCGAGCAGACCGUCAAAAACUACUUCAGCUCAUUCAGGAAGAGAUAGAUAGAGGGAGCCAUAUAAAACAAUCUCAGAAAAACAGUGCCUCUUUCAAAGA